UCUCAAAGUUCAAACAUUCUUCAAAACUCUUUGAAGUAUACAUCCAACUACACACCACUCAUUCACCCAUCCGUCCGUCUGCUUGUUCGCGUACUACUUUGUCCUUUUUUCCUACCUCUGAGCUUAGCAUACAGUGUUUGUGAUCUGCUCUGUCAAAAUUACUCCAUAUACGACUUGUAGCUUUGCAUACAGUGUGACAGACUUGCUCUGUCAAAAUGACUACGAAUGUGGUGUUGAAAAAAUAAUGAUAGAGUUUAAAUUCGCAGUUAGCACGUAGCAGUAACAUUGAUCGGGUUUAAAAUCAACAAUCCCGCUCUGAAAGCAAAUGAAGCACUUAAAAUUAUAAAGAGCAUGUGAAGAGUGUUGAGAAGGGGAACAAACACAGAUCAAUGUGGCAUUGUCGUUGCUGCAGAGAUGUUAGUGACAGUUUGUUUGAACGUUAACGACCGCCUCGUCUGGAGAUGGGGGAGGGGGUGAGAACGACAGCAAAGGGUCAAACACCCCACCCCACCCACACACACUCCUUACUCUCGGCCCGUGAUGGAGACAGGUGUAAGUAGUGCCCCAUGGUGGUGAUCGUAACUGGUUGCCGCACAGUCAUCUGCGUCAGUAACAACAACUAGACUUCCGGCAUGAUGUUUAGCGCUUCGUCAUCAUCAUCGAAGCUGUCACAGAACGUGCUCUAACUUACUCAAGAAAGGUCACCCAUCCUGCUAAGCUUCAGAGAGCUUCUUUUCGCAUCCAGAAGGUCGGCCGAGCAGGUACCACGACUGUGCUGCAGUCAAGGAUGAGGACUUAGCCAGGUAUCACUGGGAAGUCACAAUGAGCAGAGGUGUCGUGUUGGACGCCCUGCAGAUCGGGACUUCGUCUGUGGUGAUGAUGAUGUCACUAGCUUUCAACGUCGUCCUCGUCGGGGCUAGUCUCUGCAAGACGAAAGAAACGACAUCUGAGGACUAUCUCAUGGUUGCCAUGGCAGCUGCGGAUAUCUCUGUGGCCUUGACGAUUCCACUUCACCUGUUGGCCGACUUUGAGAUGCUAGGGGAUGUGUAUUCUCUCCCCUGCAUGACUGCCAACAGCUUCACGGUGUCAAUGCCGCUGGUGGCCUUGUUUACUUUGAUCAUCCUGACUGUCGAGAGGUGCAUCAACAUUUUUGCUCCGUUGAGGGCCACGGAGCUCGUGACAAAGAGACGUGUGGUUGUCGUCCUCGGCACUACAUGGUUAUAUGGCUUCGUGCUAACAAUUACACUUCCCCUGGGAUUGAACACUGCUGUAUUGAGGCAACAGCACGGAUCGAAUGAAACGGACUGCAACUUCGCUGCUGUGGCCCAGGGUCCUUGGGUGGCUUUCUUGUUGCUGGGCAACUUCUUCCCUGGAAUGUUCGUCCUGCUGGUUCUUAACGCCACCAUCUUUGGUGUGGCGCAGAAAACCCUCAGAAAGGUCACCCAUGAGUGGAUGGCGUACACACACACAGACAAUAGACGACAGGUUUUCAAACACAAGGCCCGCACCAACGCCGUGAUGUUUGCAUGCCAGUUUUACAUCUUUUCCUACCUUCCGAUUGCAAUUGCCCUCACAGUUGAUUUCCAGUUCUUUAUGGUGGAGUUUAUCGAACUCUGGCGGGCGCCAUUCUUAUUGUACAUCCUGGGGUAUGCCAUGGGCAACCUUAGCACGGUUGUGAAUCCUAUCAUUCUUAUUAGAAGCAGUCGGAACUACAGAGAAUGGGUUCUCGUCAAAGUGUUCCGGCGACAACACAGCAACGAAGAACGGGAAUGCCAGGAGACAGGUAGGCGACCUCGAAGUUUGACCUUAACAUCUGUGACUGAACAGGUCGGAAUGUUGGACGCCCGCCAUGAACUGUCGUCUCCGCAGGUGAACAUCGUCAUGGACAGACGGCAGCAUGCGUGGACAAGUAGACGUUGAGUGUGUAUGUGAGGAGCAAAUGGAGGUUGGGCAAGGGGUGUGGUGGGUUGGGGGUAAGUGAGGGAUGAAGCGAGAGCUCAAAUCACAAGGAGGCGUCAAAGUGGAACUUCAGAUGAUGAUGAUGAUGAUUUAAAAAAAAACUGUUGUUAAAAUCUGCGGAGUGAACAAACUAGUACAAGAUCUUGAUAUCCACACACAGUGGAACCUCGGUUAGCGAACGCCUCGGAUAGCAAAUUUUUCGGUUAACGAACAAAAAUUUCGCUAAAAAAUUGUCUCGGAUAGCGAACAAAAUUUCGGAUAACGAAC